AAUUUGAAGGGGGGAAAAUUGAACGAAAAUAAUUGUUUCACUUUCCUCUAUUCGAUUGCAUCAAUUUGACGAAAAUUCAAAGAUUUAUAGCUAUGAGGGAACGGUUCUCGCCAUCUAAACCCUAGAUUUCCUCCUGAAUUUUAUAUGUAGUACGAUGGUGAAGAGGAGCUACGGCGAUGGAUAUCGUAUUUCGCCGUUGAAAUCAAAGAGAUUUUCUAGAAACAAUUCGUCGAUCGUGACUUGUGAAUGGGGUCGUUUAAAAAGCCAAUUGCGAAGGUACAAGAGGAAGAACGGGUAGCAGAGGAGGAUCAGCCGGCGAAGGUUAUACAAUGGGAGGAUUACGAGCAGGAGCUCGCUCGUUUGUGCAGUUUGACCUCCGCACUUGAGGAAGCCAAGAGUAAGAAAUCGGUGCUUGAAGAGAAGCUUCACUCGUGGAUACAAAUAGAAUCUGAGUCAUUAAGUCGGUCAAAUGAGCUUGAUCAGAUGCGUGAGAAAUUGGAACAUCGCAAGCUGUUGAUGGGGAAGAUGUCUAUGCGUUCCAAAGUUGUAAAGGAGAAGGUAAGAAAGCAAGAGGAAAAACUCAGUGGCGAAAUUAGAUCUCUUUUGGUUGGUGGAAGUUCUCUUUCUGUGGCCAACAAACACAUGGAGGACUCAAGUAGGUCACUUGCUGGGGAAAAAGGUUAUGGUUAUUUGAAAAAUUUGCAGAAAUCAUUGAGAUUGAGGCAACAGUUUAUGGUCUCCCAGGUCACUUUGUUAUAUCCAGUUAAGGUUGUGGUCAGAAAAGCUUCUGAGCAAGAGGUUGAAUCAUUUCGCAGUAGUAUUAAGUCAGGUGUUCCGGAUGGAUCAAAACCCCUCGAUCAGGGCACAUUGACUAUCUCAGGGUUACACCUCACUGUGGUCUCUUUUACGAAGAUGAGUUUUUUUACUGACAAGAAGGAGGUUCAGCGUUCGUCAACUGCCCUUGGAUAUGUAGCUCACGCUGUGUCUCUUAUUGCUUCGUAUUUGCAAGUCCCUCUGCGAUAUCCAUUACGCUUAGGAGGUUCUCGAUCAUAUAUUCGUGACCAUUCUCCAUCAGUUGAACAUUCAGCAUCUAGUGCAUCCUUAGAUACAGUAAUUUCCACGAGCUCAAAGCCUGUAGAAUUUCCUUUAUUCAUCGAAGGUCAAGACUCAACAAGAGCAGCUUACGCUGUGUUCCUGCUAAACAAGGAUUUAGAGCAGCUCUUGAAUUUUAUCGGUGUUAAGAGCUUAGGACCUCGCCAUAUAUUAGCAAAUCUAAAGGAGCUUACACGAACAAUUCUUUCCAGGAAGUACAUAGAUAUGUGAAGUGAACUAUGAGAAGAUCACUCUGUAUCUUUUGUAUAAUGACAUGUGUGUGUGUGAGAGAGAGAGAAAGAGGGUCGAUAGUAGUAGUAGUAUAAUGAUUCAACAACUUUGUUAAAUGAUUAAAGAUUUGUGAUAAUAUUUUAGGAAAGGACAUAGCUUAGGUAUC